UUUAGAGGCGGCGCUUGUUGGCUCUAGAGUGGCGUCGUAACGACACUUUUCAAUUCCAGUAAAAAGAGUUUGUCCAGAGCACAUUUCGAGCUGGGGGUCGACUGCAUCUGGGGGGGUGAUUGCUUUUUUCUGCCAGAUUUUUCUAUUUUAUUUUGUAUUUUCUUAUUUAAAAAAAAAACUUUACAGUUGAAUUUCAUUUCCUUGUGAUUUGAUUCCAUAUCAAAGAUUUGCCUUAAGAUCAUGAACAAACUAUAUGUGGGGAAUUUGAGUCCUUUGGUCACUGUCGAGGAUUUGAAGGAGCUCUUUGGCGAGAAGAAGCUUCCUGGGGCCGAGCAGGUUCUGCUCAAAUCCGGCUAUGCUUUUGUGGACUUCCCCGACCAAAACUGGGCCAUAAAAGCUAUUGAGACACUCUCUGGUAAAGUUGAAUUACAUGGGAAGGUGCUUGAGGUAGACUACUCUGUUCCCAAAAAGCUCCGGAGUCGCAAGAUCCAGAUCAGGAACAUUCCCCCUCAUCUACAGUGGGAGGUUUUGGACGGCCUUCUAGCUCAGUAUGGUACUGUAGACAACGUGGAACAAGUUACCACGGAUACAGAAACAGCUGUGGUGAAUGCCACAUACUCAACCAAGGAGGAGGCCAAAGUAGCCAUAGAGAAGUUGACGGGUCAGCAGUUUGAGGGCUACUCCUUCAGGGUGUCGUACAUCCUGGAUAUGGAUGCAGCUCCGCCCCUACAGGCCCCACGGAUGCGUCGGGGAUGUCGGUCGUCCAGGGACCAGGACGGGCCCCAGCCAGGGCCCUCGGGGGGCUUCGGAGGGCCCCGACACAAACAGCAUGACUUCCCCCUCCGCAUGCUGGUCCCCACACAGUUCGUAGGAGCCAUCAUCGGCAAGGAGGGCCUAACCAUCAAGAACGUCACUAAACAGACACAGUCCAAGGUGGACAUCCAUCGUAAGGAGAAUGUGGGAGCAGCAGGGAAGCCCAUCACCAUCCACGCCACCCCAGAGGGCUGCUCCUCUGCCUGCCGCAUGAUCCUGGAUAUCAUGCAGAAAGAGGCCAGCGAGACCAAGGAGGAGGAGGCGAUUCCUCUGAAGAUCCUGGCCCACAACAGUCUGGUGGGACGACUGAUCGGUAAGGAGAAAAACCUGAAGAAGAUAGAAGAAGAGACAGGGACCAAGAUUACUAUCUCCUCGUUACAGGACAUAACCAUCUGUAACCCAGAGAGGACCAUCACAGUGAAGGGCAGUAUGGAGGCGUGCUGUAAGGCUGAGGGGGAGGUCAUGAGGAAACUGAGGGACGCCUACGAGAACGACAUUGCUGCUGUUAACCAACAAACCAACCUUAUCCCGGGGCUGAACCUGAAUGCUCUGGGAAUCUUCUCCACUGGUUUGUCUGUUUUACCGCCAGCAACAGGCCCCCGAGGAGCACACCCCGGACCCUUCCUAUGUCCCUCUUCACAUCUUGGUGGUUUGUAUGGGGUUCUACCAGCCAGUGCCAUACAGUGUCAGCACUCACAGUCUCCAGAGCAGGAGGUGGUGUAUCUCUUAAUCCCAACCCAGGCGGUAGGGGCUCUGAUCGGGAAGAAGGGGCAGCACAUCAAACAGCUGGCACGCUUCGCUGGGGCCUCCAUCAAGAUCGCCCCAGCAGAGAACCCUGGCGUCACUGAGAGGAUGGUCAUGAUCACCGGACCUCCAGCAGCUCAGUUUAAGGCACAGGGCAGGAUAUUUGGGAAGCUGAAAGAGGAGAACUUCUUCACAGCGAAUGACGAAGUGAAGCUAGAGACGCAUAUCAAAGUUCCCUCGAAUGCAGCUGGACGCGUCAUCGGCAAGGGAGGCAAAACCGUCAAUGAGCUGCAGAACCUGACCAGUGCGGAGGUCAUCGUGCCACGAGACCAAACGCCAGACGAGAACGAUGAGGUCUUCGUAAAGAUCAGCGGGCAUUUCUUCGCCAGUCAGUCUGCUCAGAGGAAGAUCCGUGAGAUCAUCCAGCAGGGACAGAAACACCAGCAGCAGGGAGCUCCCAGCAUGCACCACUCUAAGUGACCAGCAGGUAGAGCGGUGCGGCUCCCUCCCUCUCUCUCUCUCUCCAGCGGGCUCAAGCCAAUGAAUGUAGCCCUCCCACCUGGACGGACGACCAGACCAGCCAAUGGGACAAGGCAAAGCAGAACAGCAGAACCGGGAACAAAACCAAAGAACUGAAUUGAUCGGGGGGAAAAAGUGAUAAGAGUCAAAGGCUUGGGGCAUUAUGUGCACUGCCAGCCCAGAGCGGAGAGAGAGGACGGGGAGAGGAAACGGAAAUGUCAAAAUACUAAACAUAUAUAAAAAAACAAGAUGAAGUAGGAAGGAAGUAGGCUAACUAACAUACAGUAGGCCUAACAGACAGACAACAUCAAAACAGACAUGAUGGCAUUACGAAGGUAGUUCUGUAGUUUAGUAGAAUGAUGAGUAUGAUGCUGUGAUUCAGGGAGAAGGACUGUCUGAGACGCUUGUGGUUCACAUUAAUAAUAAAAGUCAGUAUCUUUAACAGUACUAAGACAGAGUAGAACACAUUGUGCCUUCCAAGUGGCACCCUAUUCCCUACAUAGUGCACUACUGUUGACCAGAGCCCCGUAGACAUACAAUGGUAUAUACUAAACUAUGGCCUGGUAUUCGGUUACACAGCAGAUGGAAUGACAGCGCAUGUUGUGGCUUAAUAUCUAACAAAACUGGAUAUUUCCUAGAUUGAAAUGGGAUUUCAGUAGAACAGGGAACUUUAGACCGGGGCCCUAUAGGCCCGUAUAUGGAAUAAGGAGAAAAGUGUCAUUUUCAGCAGUGUGACCAGUAGUGUGAACGGUCGGUAGUGAACAGCAGUGUGAACAGCAGUGUGACCAGUAGUGUCAACAGCAGUGUGAACAGCAGUGUGACCAGUAGUGUGAACAGCAGUGUGAACAGUAGUGUGAACAGCAGUGUGAACAGCAGUGUGACCAGUAGUGUGACCAGUAGUGUGAACAGCAGUGUCAACAGCAGUGUGAACAGCAGUGUGAACAGCAGUGUGAACAGUAGUGUGAACAGCAGUGUGAACAGUAGUGUGAACAGCAGUGUGAACAGCAGUGUGAACAAUCGGUAGUGAACAGCAGUGUGAACAGCAGUGUCAACGGUCGGUAGUGAACAGCAGUGUGAACAGCAGUGUGAACAGUCGGUAGUGAACAGCAGUGUGAACAGCAGUGUGAACAGUCGGUAGUGAACAGCAGUGUCAACAGCAGUGUGAACAGUCGGUAGUGAACAGCAGUGUGAACGGUCGGUAGUGAACAGCAGUGUGAACAGUCGGUAGUGAACAGCAGUGUGAACAGCAGUGUGAACAGUCGGUAGUGAACAGCAGUGUGAACGGUCGGUAGUGAACAGCAGUGUGAACGGUCGGUAGUGAACAGCAGUGUCAACGGUCGGUAGUGAACAGCAGUGUCAACGGUCGGUAGUGAACAGCAGUGUCAACGGUCGGUAGUGAACAGCAGUGUCAACGGUCGGUAGUGAACAGUAGUGUCAACGGUCGGUAGUGAACAGCAGUGUCAACGGUCGG